GUGCCCGGUGGCUAGGGGAGCGGAGCUGAGAGGAUUGGGCAGGGGCGCCUGGAGCCGGGAGGUGGCGGGCCGCGCUGAGGGGACCGCGGGGAGCUCGGGCCGCGCGUCCCGGGGCUGGCACGAGCCUGCGGCGGGGCUGCCCUCGGCCGGGCCUGGGCGGGGAUUCCGGGGCCCGCCCGGCAGGGACGCGCGGCCCCGAGGGCCGAGGUUCGGGGCUCCGGUGCGCGCCCCUCACCCGGGCCGGGAGCAUCGCCCGCUCCGCGCCGGGGCCGGGUCGGGUUCGCGGGCUUCGCUGGCCGGGCGACGGCGGAGCGGGGCCCGGACGGGAACAGUCCGGGUUUGCUCGAAAACGAUGUGUUUUUGGGGGAUGGCGCUUCCUAGCUAGCGCUUGCCCCAGUUGAAAGCGUACGGAAGGGCUUCUGAGCACUGCCUUUGGGAUUUUCUGGUCCGAAGAGACACACAGAUUGCAGCCGAGUUCGUGGCUCAGAUGCUCAGAUUUGUAUAUGUCGUGGCAUUUCUGAUGCUUGAUGUCAGAGGUGAUAAAUGACCGUGGUAAUGGGGAGCCCCUGCAGCACCUGCUGGACUGACGGUGCUGGAGGCUGUGUCUGGGGGUGGGACCGGGAAAUGAAACGUGACCGAGAUCCUGUUUGGAUAUUCUGCUGAAGUUAUCAUGUUUCUGUUCAAGUAUACCAGUUCUGGAACAAGUUGAUAAAUCCAGUUUUGAGACUUUGUUGAUAGAAGAGAUUUGGGUGGCAAAUAGACCUGGGAUGACCCUUUUUGGCCAAGAAUGUUUGGGGUAGCCCAAGUAUCUUCUUCUUUCCCAUAUGGCAUGUUCAUCUUCUUCGCUGUCACAAAUGCCCUAGGAUCAGAAUGAUCCUGGAAUAAGAAGCUGAGAUAGCACAGGCCUGAGCCCCAGAUUGAGAUGUUUUCAAGUGAACAAAUGUGUAGCUAGGAAAAGAAUGUUUUUAUGAGCAGGGUUGGUAACUUUCGAGAACUUGCUCUUUGAUUGAACACCAUCAGUUGAUAAGGAGAUUUUUUUUUGUAAUGUCUUACGUAUCAAGGAUGGCGGGUCAGGAUAACCAUAGAUGCCAUUGCUAAGUUUUGUGAUAUAAAUAUUCAUAAAUCAUAUUUUAACCAAAGCAUUUACCACAUAAAGGAGUCCUAGGUGAAUGCUGUGACUCCCUCGUGUGUUUUGGAUUUUGAUAUUUGAGGGCUAUUUAAAAUGAAGUUCACGUAUGUAUUUGCAUUCAGCUUUACCUUGGAGAUAAUCCUGAGUCAUGCUUUAGAGAAGUUCCUUCUCAGAUCAGACACUCAGAUGUCUGUGGUCUCUGUAAACGUUGGACUCUGCCCUUUACCUGUACUGUACUUGUCUGGAACUCUGGGGAAAUGUGGACUUGAGGACACUGGAGGCAUAUUAAGAGGCCAUCACCACCCUUUUGCCCUCUCUGCAUGCCUGUGCUCUAAAUUACUUUGCUCACAUUCUCAAAUUUCUCUCUUUCUCAUAGAAAUUUUGUUGAUCCUACUGCCACAAGUGAAAAUACUUUCACAUUUGUAUAAUACUUGUUUUAUAUUCAUGAUCUUGUUUAUUUUAUCCAUUUCCUCAAGGAGGAAGCUGGGCAUAUGAGUGAUUUACUCAGGGUCUCAUAACAGUAAUGAAGCAGAAUUGGGGCUCUGGUCCUUCCUUCCCGGUAGUCAGUUUUCUUUCCUUUGCACUUGCCUGCAUGUGACUUCAGAACCCUACUCCUGGAUUGUUGCCCUAUAGGCCAGUUUUUACUUUCAUGUAGUGUUGAAAUGGUCUAAUUAGUUUUGAGGGAGGUGAUAUUAUCUCAUGAGGGUAAGAUGAAUUUUAUGAUUUUGUGACUCUGUGACAGUUCUUUAGCAAUAAGGUCACUUUUCAAUCUAGAGCUCUUCUGUUCUAGACCACAUGGUUGAGAGAGGAGAAAAGAAUUAAGAAAAGAUCCAUUUCUGUAUUGGUUGAGUUAGGGCUAAUCUAACAUUAUAAGCGCAUUAUCCUUGUAUGCCUGGCUACUUGUGCUGACUUGUAUGUGGAUGUUAACCCAAAAGACUCCUUUAGAUGUCGCUGAACUAGUUACUAUAAAAAGUAUUUCACUUUCAAACUCCCACGUUUCAAGAACAGAAACUCAGUACAAAGGCAAUUUUGAAGUUUUCCUGGAAGCUGGGCUCCUGAAAACGCAGCACUGGAGCAGAUGGAUAAUGGAGACUGGGGCUAUAUGAUGACUGACCCAGUCACGUUAAAUGUAGGUGGACACUUGUACACGACGUCUCUCACCACGUUGACGCGUUAUCCAGAUUCCAUGCUUGGAGCUAUGUUUGGGGGGGACUUCCCCACAGCUCGAGACCCUCAAGGCAAUUACUUCAUUGAUCGAGAUGGACCUCUUUUCCGAUAUGUCCUCAACUUCUUAAGAACUUCAGAAUUGACCUUACCCCUGGAUUUUAAGGAAUUUGAUCUGCUUCGGAAAGAAGCAGAUUUUUACCAGAUCGAGCCCUUGAUUCAAUGUCUCAACGACCCAAAGCCUUUGUAUCCUAUGGAUACUUUUGAAGAGGUUGUGGAGCUCUCUAGUACCCGGAAGCUUUCUAAGUACUCCAAUCCAGUGGCUGUUAUCAUAACUCAAUUAACCAUCACCACCAAGGUCCAUUCCUUACUAGAAGGCAUCUCAAAUUAUUUUACCAAGUGGAAUAAGCACAUGAUGGACACCAGAGACUGCCAGGUUUCUUUUACUUUUGGACCCUGUGAUUAUCACCAGGAAGUUUCUCUGCGGGUCCACCUCAUGGAAUACAUUACAAAACAAGGUUUCACGAUCCGCAACACUCGCGUGCAUCACAUGAGUGAGCGGGCCAAUGAGAACACAGUGGAGCACAACUGGACUUUCUGUAGACUGGCCCGGAAGACGGAUGACUGAUCUCCAGCGCUGGGAGAAGUUCCUGGAAACUGACUCUCCAGAAAAUG